AUGAAGGAGCAUAUCUUCUGGCGCAAACAGCGGAGGAAACAGUGGCAAGUGCUGGCAGAUCGUUCGGCCAUUUGCAUAAGGGAGUGCGAGCAUCUGUGGGCAGAGCAGUCGGAGGCGAGCUAUGAGUCGGGGACAAGCCAGCAGUCGGAGGCGAGCUACGAGUCGGGGACGAGCCAGCAGUCGGAGGCGAGCUACGAGUCGGGGACGAGCCAGCAGUCGGAGGCGAGCUACGAGUCGGGGACGAGCCAGCAGUCGGAGGCGAGCUACGAGUCGGGGACGAGCCAGCAGUCGGAGGCGAGCUACGAGUCGGGGACGAGCCAGCAGUCGGAGGCGAGCUACGAGUCGGGGACGAGCCAGCAGUCGGAGGCGAGCUACGAGUCGGGGACGAGCCAGCAGUCGGAGGCGAGCUACGAGUCGGGGACGAGCCAGCAGUCGUAG